AUGCUCUGUCCUCCAACCAUGCGUCCGGCCAGCCCCGCCGAAUCGGAGAUCUCCGUCGGAGGAGCUCCCAGCCCGCUGCCCACGCAGCUCCAGCACCAGCACCAGCCUCAUCCGCAUGCCCACCAGCUGCACCAUCCGCGUGCCAGCACCAUCGACUUGCUCCAGCAGCAGCAGUUCCUGAUGCAGCAUCAUGCGGCCGCCGCAGCCGCUGCUGCCGCCGGACUCACCCGCGGGGCCGUCGGCAGUCUGCCGGAGGACUACUUUCAGCCGCUGAAGCGCUUGCGCAUGUCCUCCUCCUCGUCGGAGCCGCGGGAACACACGCCCAGUCCACCAGCCCUGGCUCCGGCACCCACCGCCGCCGAGUCCCAGCCACAGACAACCACCAAGGCGGCCAUUGAGGGCGUCAAGAGCUUUUCCAUUGCCGACAUUUUGGGGCACUCGCAAAAACAGCGCUCGGACUCGGUGUCGCCACCGCCGGCUGCCACACUGCUGGCCCCACCCGCCAAUAGGGCGUCCGCUGGUCUGCUCCAGCCCCGCACCGAGCCCUUGGAGGCACAUCACGCGGCGGCCGCCAUGCUCCUGCCCGGAGGCCAGAUUGUCCGCCCCUGGGAUCACCUGCUUGGCCCCAUGCCCGUGCGCCCCUUCAUCCCCUCAGCCCUGCUCCACUACGAGCAGCGCCUGGCCCUGGACUACCACCGACAGCUGCAGGAGCACUUCAACGCCCAGGCCCAGCUGCUGCGCCACAUGGGCAUGGACAUCAUUCCCUCGGAGAGCGGCUCGGACCGCUCCAGCUCCGCGGCCAGCGAUUGCUGUUCUCCGGAGAUUUCCCGGGACUCGGCCGCUGCCGCCGCCGCCGCUGCUGCCCGCCACAGCCACAGCCCGCAGUCGUCAGCCCAGGCCAAGGCCAAUGGCACGCCCCUGGACGCUCUGUUCCAGAUGACCACCAAGGAUUUCGACGAAUCUCAAGACAAGUCCCAUUUGGACAUAUUCUCGAACAGGCCGCAGCCGAAGAAGAAACGCAAGUCCCGCACCGCCUUCACCAACCACCAGAUCUUCGAGCUGGAGAAGCGCUUCCUCUACCAGAAGUAUCUGUCGCCCGCCGACCGGGAUGAGAUCGCCGCCUCGCUGGGACUGUCCAAUGCCCAGGUGAUCACCUGGUUCCAGAACCGGCGCGCCAAGCAGAAGCGCGACAUCGAGGAGCUGAAAAAGGACUUUGACAGCGUAAAGGUCUUCUCCGCACACAAGUCCUUCCUGGAGAACGUCAACGAUCUGAGCAUCCUCAAGAAGAAGCCCAUGCAUGAGGCGGAUAUGGUUGGACUGGCGGCUGCUGCCGCCGCCGCGGGAAUGGUGACGGUUCAAGUGCCCGGAUCGGCUGCCUCGUCGCUGGGCGGUGCACCACCCAAAUGAAGGCGCGGCCUGGUGCGCAUAGAACCGCAUA